AUGGACGGAAGGAAAACCGCAAACCAUAACAUGAAUAGCAAAAGUAAAAAUAUUGUUACAACUCCAGGGGGACAGGAUCUCCAGGAUUCGUUGGUAGCAAGUGGAUCUGGUGUAAAAAUCAGGUCCAACGGAGCGGGCUUGCUACUUUCGUUACCAGUCAACCGUGACAAAUCGGAUGAGGGGGUGUCCAGCAUGGCCCCGGAUUCUGACAAACGUGCUACUGCUGAGACAGACGUGUCUCCGGGUACGUAUCCAAGGGUUAUGUUGUAUAUUAUACAUCGCAUAGAUAGAAAAUUGUCUCUAAACUCAAGAGCCACACUCGAUAUCCACCAUGUCAUUGGUAAGUAUCUAAUACACUCCAACGACCCGAGACAUAAUAACAAAAUAUACAAGUACCUAUACUGCCGAUAUAAGUGCUAA